CCCUCGAACUAAAAGCUUCGCGUGCGGUGUUGGCAGUGACUCGUGCGUGAGACGUGUCGUGAAACGUGAGAACCUCCUUCCCCCUUUUCGUUCUCGUUCGCUCGCAACCAAAUUCGUGCGCGUGCCGUGUCUGUGCGUCAUCUCUCUCUUUCAAUCGCGCGGCGAAAAUUCGUGAAUUCGUGGCCGAACAUUCGCGUUCACGAAACGAUUUUGCUUCGGUCGCGGUUCCUCGGUUUCCGUGCGAAAACGAUUUCCUCCGCGGGCCUUUCUCGACUCUCGCGCGAUGUCUGUGUGUGAUAUGUGAGGUGUUUUUGCGACUCGGCGUUCAUCUCGACUGCCGCUGUCCACUCUGUUCAAGGAAAAACAAAGCGACAGACCGAGACGGGAACAACGAGCAGCGUGAUCGUCGAGCAUCGGGAAUAAGAUGUUUCGCGGGACCUGGCUGCGGUGGUCGACGCUGCUGUUGACGCUACUAGGGACGCGGCUGGUAUUCGUGGUCGCCCAAUGCGGAUCGUUCACACAGGACAGACAGGAAAAAGAGGACAAACAGGAUAAGCUGGCGCUGUAUAAAGUCACUUUAAGGACGUACUGGUCGAGAGCGCGAUUUCCACGACAUUAUCCGGAAUGGAAGCCACCGGCGCAGUUCGGCAAGCUAAUCGGCCGAACCCACGAUUCCACCUACACUCUGUACAGAUUGGGCGAGAGGCUGUCCAGUGGUACGAGGCUGUACGUGGAGACCGGAAGGACCGACGGACUAGACGCCGACGGUGAUUCUCCCAACAGCCUUCACUCGUUCGCGGGACCGCCCGUCCCGCAAGGAGAAGGAACCAGUAUCGCGAGAGCUUUCUUGGAUGGCAAUCACACCCUAAUCAGCAUCAUGGCGCGCAUCAACCCCAGCCCCGACUGGUUCGUGGGAGUGGAUUCCUUCCAGCUCUGCGUCGAGGGCAACUGGGUCGAUACGGUGACAGUCGAGUUGGACCCGCUGGAUGGAGGGACGGAUAACGGAUUCACAUUCACGGCUGCCAACUGGCCGACGCAACCCCAAGGAAUCGCCUACAGGAUCACGUCACGAUACCCGGCGCAUCCCGCGGGGAGCUUCUAUUAUCCGAAUCUACCCCGUCUGCCGCCGAUAGCCACCCUCACCUUCACCAAGCUACGAGAGUACACGUUAACCGAAACGUAUCACGAAGACGAUGUCGAGGUGGAAUUCGUCAGCAACGACAAUCUACUAGCGAACAAUCCGACCCCCAGGGGAAUCGAUCCGAACAGAGACCUGAACGAGGCCAUCGCCGAGGAACGAAAGGAAAUGGACACUCAGAGAUACAGGUACUGGACAACUACUGGAAACGGGCAAGCGGUGACGGACGUUCCACGGGACAAUAAAGCAGCAAUCAUGGAUAGCAUCGCGUCAUCGUACGGAUUGCAAAGGCCAAGACUCGCCGCAACACCCGCCCCUAAAUUCUCCAAAUACAAUGGGAAGACGGGUUGGUCGUAUUAUCAGAAGUACAAGCAGACAGCGGAGGCGCAGAAGGCUCAAAUCUUCGAGGACAUCCAGAGGAAGAUCGCGAACGCGACCAACGGAAACGGUCUCGGUCAUUCGUGGAAUUCUACCGACAUUACCCCCCAACGUCAGCACAGGCUCAGAAUGAAGCAUCACAGACUGACGUCGAAAGGGAAACGCUUAAAAACGCGUCCUCCGAGAGACUGUAAGGUCGGAGAAUGGGGUCCGUGGAGUGCCUGUAGUCGUAGCUGCGGGGUUGGGGAAACCCAAAGGACGCGGAAGAUAACGAUAAAACCCCGCCGCGGCGGAUCGUCGUGUCCUCCAUUGAAGGAGACCAAGUGGUGCGGUAGCGCGAGCCCCUGCUCCGACGGCAAAUCCAUCGUGGACGGCUAUCAAUGGUAGUCGCCGUUGUCGUCGUCGUCGUCGUCGUCGGUGAAUCGAUCCCGUGAACGCGAUCCAUCGAAUCGAGACGAUUUACCCUGAGCGAUCGGGUAUGGCUGGAAUUCGACAGCCUUGAGAUGGAUUUCGCGCGUGAAAAUACCUAGACGAGCGCGGUGGAUCGUCAUUAGUGAUCCACUAAAAUGCGUCAAUAACGUUAUCGUAGUCGUAGCAUCAAGGAUUUCGUGCGGCAGAAAACGUGAUGACGCGGCGUCGCGUCGGGAUGCUUGAUCGGCGAUCGGCGUGCCGGCUUGUACCUCGAAAGUUAGCUCAAUGUUUUUCAGAUUCUGCGGAGCUGUCGUGGUAUUAAUAACGUUAGGUUCAUAAAAGUACUAAUCGAUUCGAGCAACUCUAUCGAUCUGACAUAUAUGAAUCCAAUUUUAUUCGCAAGCAAAAAUUACUCAGGUUAUCGAAAAGACUCGAAAGACUUUCGAACAGCGACCAUAAAAAGCGAGGAUAUCGCGAAAUAAAAUAUUUUUAAUAUUCUUGGUAAAUAUGGAUCGCUAUUAUCGAUAUAGUCGAUACGUACAUCUUCGAAUGUCGAGUGAAUUGUUCAUAGAUCGCGGAUCGAGCUAACGAAAGUGGACUCCGAUACAUCAAUUUUAAUUAACUGGAGCGGAUGAUCUUGCGCACUCCUUGGCCUAUAAUUCGAGUCCUUAACGAAAGAGGAGCGGUACGACGACUCUCGAGGACGCAGACUUUCCAACGUGCUCUCAACCGAUCGCCAAUCAUCCUUGCAUUUCUCGCGCGAUAUUUCCUGUACGACCGAACGAACACAGAAAAUUCGGACGUUCCUGAUUGUAUCUUGUCGGUCCGAUCGAGCUUAUUUCCCACAUAACUUUCUCGGUUACAUCGGAGUAUAUUACACUCGACGUUCUCCGGUCUUUAAAAGUUUUCGAUAUCGAUAAA